AGCUAGCUACCUAGGUAUGCGCCCAACAACGACUUUUCGUUUCGAUUCGUUCUUUCUUUAAGGGAAUAUUGGGCUUUGUGGAGUAUUUACUCUCGACAUCUUUGCCCAGGAAUCUUCCUGCUGUGGACGAUCUACUCCACAUUCUUGGUCAAGAGCGAGGUGCGAGAGCUUGAACAUAGACCCGAUAGUUUCCGACACAGACGGGCAGUCUAGCGGACCAAGCAGUCUCCUCAAAUAUCCAUAAUAAGCACACGGAGAAAUGGGCCGCAAGAACCCCAACAUCGUCAUCACGGGGACGCCGGGAGUGGGCAAGACGACGCAUGCCGAGGAGCUGGCGCGGAACCUGGGCUUCACGCACCUGUCGGUGAACCAGAUUGUCAAGGAUGAGGGCUUCCACGAGGGGCGGGACGAGGAGACGGGGAGCUGGUUCGUGGAUGAGGAUAAGCUGCUCGACUACCUCGAAGCGCUCCCGCUGCACACGACGGGCGGCUACAUACUCGACUGGCACGCCUGCGAUCUCUUCCCCGAGCGCUGGAUCGACCUCGUCAUCGUGCUGCGGUGCGACUCCACCAUGCUGUACGACCGGCUGACGGCGAGGGGCUACACGGGGAAAAAACUGGAGGAGAAUAUGGAUGCCGAGAUUAUGCAGGUGUUGCUCGACGAGGCGAGGGAGGCUUACAGAGAGGAGGUGGUGGUGGAGCUGAGGAGCGAGGGGACGCGGGAUUUGGAGGAGAAUGUCGAGAGGGUCGAGCGGUGGGUGGAGCAGUGGAGGGAGGACCAUAGGGAUGAUGUAGAUGGGGAGGAGAGUUAGAGUUAAGAAGCCUUCGGAGAGAGCGAUGGGGGGGAACUGCAUGGAAUGGUGUUUGGGCGUUCUGUCUG